UCGAACAUGUUCCCAACCCAGAGGGUGCUACUAUGGUUGAGGAUAGCUUUGCCAAGGAAUCUGCAGUGAUUGAAGCUACAGUCUAUAAGGAGCAAUCGAAAGAAUAUGGCAUGGUCGAUGAUAGUGUAGCACACGAAGCAGGGAAUGGUGAACUGAUUGAAGAAAAAGUCCAGCAGGAACCAUUAAAAGAAUCUGCCAUGGUCGAGGAUAGUGCAGCACAUGAGACGGGGACUGGUGAACUGGGAAAGUCUGUUGACGGUAUAGAGCAACCGUCCAAAGAAGCAACUGAAGAAGGAGUUAUGGGAAAGGGAGCCAUGGAUGCAGUUCAGAGUAAGGGUGGCUGUGUUGUCAAAAAAGUGGUUGCUAGAAAGGCAGACGUUGGAAAUGUGAAUGAGGUUGCCAAGACUCCACCCCGUAGGUCAACAAGGGCUGGAGGUGCAGCCCGUGGAAAAGGUUCAGACAACAUUGAUAAACAGCUGGAGGUUAAUGGAACUGAGAUAUUAGAUGGCAAGGCAGCACGUUUGCCUCUGGGAAGAAUUGACGAAAACAUUCCAAUGCAAGCUAGGAACAUUGGUAAAACACCAAUGAAGAGUUUGUUAAGAAAAACAGCAAAAUUCAGAUCACCCUUCCUACAAAGGGAAAUCUCAACAUCAAAGCAACUGACCAUAAAGGAGAAAGAGCUUACUUUCUACACAUUGUAUGCAGUUGAAGAAGAUAGGCAUGAGCUUAUGUUUUCGGCCAUCGAUGUUGACUUAAGGCGUUAUGAUAUGAUAACCCUAAAAAGAGGCAUAGUAGUUGGAACGGCUGUCAUAGAUGCAUGGGCAGUAAUCUUGAAUGGCCAAGAGCAAUAUCGCUCUGAAACAUCGCCUACACGAUUCUUUGCAACAACAAACAUAUAUGUGGAUUGUCUGAAGCCAACUGAUUGGUCCUACGCCGACUAG